AUGUCAUUUAAAAGAAGAUCCCGCAACACGUCUGUAUCCUCUAAGAUGCUGGACUUUCCUUCCCAAACUCAGGGAAUAGCGUUGGUCAUCGCCUUCAUGGUUGAAAGCGGUCUAAUAUUCGGAGGAAACAAGCUGGCAAUAAUUCUCUUUUUACAAGAGAAGAAGCUUCGCAAGAAAAGUUUGUUCUCAGUUAUGAACAUGGCCCUCGCUGAUGUGAUGUUAGGAGAUGUAUCUUUGCCUUUGUAUGUUUAUUUGAUUGUAGGGCCCGACUAUCAGCUGUGGACUGCAAAGGCGACACAUAAGUCUAUUUUUACUUUCUUGACACCACCUUUUCACAGUCCUCGCUAAUUUCAGCAGGUUUUAUAUCCUGUGAAAGAUUUUAUGCCGUCUAUUGGCCACUUAAACACAAAACACUGUCAAUGCGAAUAUAUGGUAUUGUUAUUUUUACGGUCUGGUCACUGGCUAUUCUUGUUUCAGUAAUAGCCGUUCUCUUUUAUGGGUACAAGUCAUUUAAAGUGGCUAGCUUGUCUUGGAUGUCAAUUCCCUUGAGUUUUCUAUUCAUCGUUUGUACAUGUAACAUCAGUAUAUGGAGAAAAGUUCGAAUAAGAAACAUUACUUUACAACGGCAAAACCGAGCAGCAUCCCAAAACCAACGCUUGACAAAUGCCUUGCUGUUUGUAUCCGCCAUUUCUGUGCUUUCUUGGCUUCCUUUUGUCAUUGUUAACUAUCUGGUGUUUGUCCAGGGAGUCGAUAUCCCUCGACGAUUUUUGUUUGUAGAUAUCAUAAAUAUUCUUAGUCUUUCCAACUCCAUUCUAAAUCCGUUUGUCUAUGCGUUAAGAAUCCCUGAGUUUAGGCAAGCACUGCGGGUUUCGUGUUGUUCACGACGUCAAGAUGCAAUGAGUAGGCCGGGAAUAGUAGGAAGAGAAAAUAUGGCUGCCGUUUUAACGCCCGUGUUACAACGAAGAGCAAUACAAUGCAAUUCCAGUCAAGUUCACCAGAUCUACGAAAAAGAGGUUAUGAACCUGGCACUAACUUGUGAACAAAGAUCCUGUCUAACGCGUAACUGA